AAAAGUGGAGCUGUGCAUCCUGAGCAGGAGCCUCCUCCAGCUCUCCAGCCCCUCUCUACGCUUCACACCCCGGCACUUACCGACAUCCCCUGCCGCGGGGGGUGGGGGGUGCUCGGGGGGCUGGACCCUGCUGAUUCAGAGGUUAGGAAUUUGCAUCUGAUGGCUGUUUGUCAACCAAUGAUGUGACUGUGCAGGCCGGAGAGUCUCUCCACGCCUCUCUCUCUUCGGUCUCGUCUGUCCGUCCGUCUGCGUCGGAGCGACGCUCAAAACUCUGAAAGAAAAAAAAAAAAAAAAANAAAAAAAAACACAAUUACACGCCGAGGCAGAGUGCGUGGAUAUCAUGCAGUCACAUGAAACCACUUUAUUUGUAGCCGACAAACACACGGAGCAGCGCCGCUCUUCGUCGCUUCGGUGCCGUUUUCUCAGCGUGUAGACCGGAGAGGGGGCAGAGAGGGACCCGGGACUCGGAGGCGGACAACAGGAAUGUUUCUUCCGCUUCCAAAGAGUGUCAAAACCGAACGGAAGCCGAUGCGGUCUUUGUAGUCUGUCAGUGAAGUUUUGUACUCCCACCUUCACUUCCACUGCGUGUGCCUCAUUGAGCGCUGUGCAACUCAGCGCUGCUACUGGCUUUGGUUUCCCCCCAGCUGCAGGAAAAACCAUUGAGACAAGAGAGCAGCCUCUGUCUCUAGAACUGCAGCCGACCUCUGACUGCAUGUCUCAGAGCGCUCAUCGACCCCCCUCCUCUUUUUCCUCCUUCUACUCGCACUCAAGGACCUACAUUUCCACAUAACCAUAACCUCCAAACUUUCAGCCAGCUGUUAGCUGCUUCAUCACAGGCACAGUUGGCAAUUGCUUCCUCUUGGAAGAAGGUUCGAACGUUGUCCCCUGACUGGCCCCCAACUGGUGCUCCUUCAGUGGGGGAGGGAGGGGAAGGAAGGCCACUGAUCGUUGUGCCGCUUUCCCUGGAGAUGAAGCUGCAGGCCGUCAUGGAGAACCUGCACAGGCAGCAGAGGGCCAAACUGUUGAUGGAGCAGCAGCUACAGCAGCAGGCCGCCGCCCAACACACUCAGGUCCGCACAGGUGGAGGGGAUGAGCCGAUGGGGAGCCCGGCCCCCGAAGCAGAGCAGGCCCAGAUGGCAGCCCUGGCGGCCAUGCGUGCUGCCGCGGCCGGGCUGCAGAGGGUGUCCGACAGCCCCAUGUCAGAGCGCAGCAGCGGCGGCGAGGAGGAAGGUGACGACGAUGACAAUGACGAAGGGGAGGAGCCCUACAAGGACAUGAUGGGGUCAGAUGAGGAGGAGCAGAUCAAACAGAAGUGGGACGAGGAGGACUUUGAAGGUGAGAUGGAGGAAGACUUUGACGAUGACCUGACAGAAGAAGGUCUACCGACGGGCCACGAUGCUGUGGCCCCUGGGAAGGGCAUCCUCCUGCUGCCUCACCGCCAACUCCACCCCCAUUCCCAGCUGUUGAAGGUCCGUCCCAAUGUCGAGCAGGAGCCGCGAGUAGCCAUCCUCCCGCCACAUGCUACGCACAGCCACCUGGGUGGGCAGGACCACGGAGAAUGGACCUAUGAGGAGCAGUUCAGACAGCUGUAUGAACUGGAUGGAGACCCGAAGAGAAAAGAGUUUCUGGACGAUCUCUUCAGCUUCAUGCAAAAAAGAGGAACCCCGGUGAAUCGUAUUCCCAUCAUGGCCAAGCAGGUCCUGGAUCUGUACAUGCUCUACAGGCUGGUGACAGAGAAAGGCGGCCUGGUCGAGGUCAUCAACAAGAAGCUGUGGAGGGAGAUCACCAAGGGACUCAACCUGCCUACCUCAAUCACCAGUGCAGCCUUCACCCUCCGCACACAAUACAUGAAGUACCUGUACCCAUAUGAAUGUGAUAAGAGGGGUCUGAGCAACCCCAACGAGCUUCAGGCAGCCAUCGACAGUAAUCGACGGGAGGGCCGACGACAGAGCUUCGGCAGCUCCCUCUUCACCUACUCGCCCAACGGGACUCCCACCAUGCUGUCCUCGCCGAAGCUCCCCACGCCGGGUGUUGGCCUGACAGUGGGCACCAAUGGGGCCUCGCUGACCCCCAUCCAGAAGAUCAAGAAAGAGGAGGGAGGCCAGCCGCUGCCGGGGGUUGGUGUGGCUCGUUUGCCAGUGGGGGCCUUGGCGGGUCACUCGGUGGCUGCUGUGCAGGCAGCGGCAGCCCAGGCAGCAAUGGCAGCUCAGGUGGCUGCUCUGGAACAGCUGAGGGACAAACUGGAGGCCGGGGAGCCACCAGAGAAGAAGAUGGCGCUGCCAGCCGAGGAGCACCACCGACUGCUGCAGAGAGCGCUGCAACACAACCUGCUGGCCAUGACUGCUCAGAUACCUAUGAACAUCCGCAUUAACAACCAAGAUGGCAGGCAAGACUCUGCUCUGAACCUCACCACCAACGGCACAAGCAGCAUCAGCAUGUCAGUGGAGCUCAAUGGAGUGGUGUACACUGGCGUUCUUUUUGCUCAGGGAGCAGCAGGGUCAGCCUCGUCCGGUGCGUCUGCAUCGUCCGUCUCCAACAAGGCUGUCAGCAGUCGUGUCGCUCCACAGCAGCAGCAGCAGCAGCAGCAGCAGAACACACCUACCUCAACCUCCAGCAACCCUUUGUCUUAACAAACUCCCAGCCUUUCCACUUUUUUUUUUUUUUUUUUUUUUUUUUAAUUACCACGCUAAGUAAAGCCAAAAAGCAACCUCAUUUUCUAUAUCAUCUAUGCCAAAAAAAAAAAAAACCGAGAAGAACCAUAAACCACACAGAAAGACACAAACUGAAACUCAGUUCACUUGAAGUACACUAUCUCAGGUUUUCUCUCACAAACUCACCUCUUUUGUUCUUCAUCGCCAAAAUGAGUUAGAAAAAAAAAAAUCCCAACUGAGAGCCAGUAUAUGCUAAACAAAUACGUAUGCACAACCUGUGAAUUAUUUAUUUCUGCAUAAAUGUACAGAUUAUUGGAGAACAAAAGAGAAGGUAAUAACUAGGAAGGGUAAUGCAUUGUUUACACACACAAACACAGCUACUGACUGACAAUGAUGUUUUAUCCUCUAGGGGAGAGAUUUUUUUUUUAAAGAAAUUAUUUUAACUCUUCAUUGUCAAUAUUAUCAUUAUUGUUAUUCU